AAAAACAAAAAAGGGACUAGGAUGGGGCGAGACACUUGCUGUUGCUUAACGAACCGAGUCGGUUGGAGUUAACCUUCUUAUGGUACGCUGUUAAAACUGAAACUGGGAAACAUGCAAGCGUCAUCCAUCUGUGUAGCCAAGUUUUCAGUUGGCGUGAAGGCGCAGCACCCAACAGUGAAGAAAGAGUCCAUGGCGGAGUCCACCAUCCCCAAGUGGGCCCAAAAGACCGUUAGUUUACCUCCUCUCAGACGCGGCUGCCAUCUCGUCACUUCCAAGAUUGUCAAAGAAAUCGAGCAUGACCUCUCUGGAUUCAAGUGCGGCCUCGCUCAUCUCUUCUUGCAACACACGAGUGCUUCUCUCACCAUUAAUGAGAAUUACGACUCUGAUGUUCGCGAUGAUACUGAAACCUUCCUCAAUCGGAUAGUUCCCGAGGGGUCAUCUGCGCCUUGGAAGCAUACUCUAGAGGGCCCAGAUGACAUGCCGGCUCAUAUUAAAUCAUCGAUGUUUGGUUGUGCACUCACGAUACCGAUUACAAAUGGAAAGCUUAACAUGGGGACAUGGCAGGGUAUAUGGCUUUGUGAGCAUCGGGAUCAUCCUACCUCACGAAGAGUUGUUGUCACUCUAAAUGGAAUAUAAGGUGCCAAGUGUGUUUGCUUUACUUCAUCUUCGUGACUAUGUUCAAGAGAAACUCAAUUUGUAAUUUUUAGCAGGAUAUGUUCGAGACAAACCUAUUUUGCCUAUGUAAUUUGAGCACCUUGAUAUGUACGCAACUGCGAAUAGCGUUAUGCCUAUAUAUAAUUUAAUGCAUAUAAACAUUCUGAAUAAUUAUUUUCUAUUUUGUUUUGGGGGUAGGGUUACAACAUUCCGAAUAGUUAAUAUUUAUACGUGUUUCCUACCAAGGUCUGGGAAUUGAUAAACAGUGCUAUAGAUUUUAGGCAUUGAUCAAA